CUGUCGUGUGCGGCACAGUGAACAGUUGCGCUGUAACUUGUGAAGUGCUCACAACACAUACAAAGUAAGCUUCGGACUAGACGAAAAAUGUACAAUUUCUUUUAUGACAUCAAUUACUUAGUUCAUGUGGUCAACGGCCUGUGCAUGUAUUUAACAAGUGCCUGUACGCUUGACAUGCUUCAGUACGGAAAACGCCAGGAAGGGUCGACUUUCAAGGUGGUUGAGAAAUCUAACUUGUUCUCAUGUGCUACUGAAUGUGCUUCAUAUAGGGUCUGCAAGUCUUUCAACUUGGACUUGGACCGACACACAUGCCAUCUCAACCAACAAGACGAUGUAACCUUCGAGGAAAACCAACGGAAUACAUCGGCAUUCAUAUACAGUAGAAUUACUCCCUGGAAUGAGAUUACACUUACUCCAUGUCAAGGAGUCUCGUGUGGAUACGGCCAAAGAUGCGUUGUCAGAAGAAACGGUGACGUUCAAUGCGAGGACGUUUUACAAAAUAUUGCACCUCAGAAGCCAACAGCUGCAAGUUCUGUCUGGAGUCUGGAACAUCCGCCGAGUGCUGCUGCAAAUGGUCGUGUGUCAGGACGAUGGGUCCCUGGAAACUGCUUUGCUGUGGACAACAAUGAUUACACGCCUUGGUGGCAGGUGGAUCUGCUGGCCACGUGCAUCAUUGUGGAGGUCCGCGUGACCUCCAGAGAUAGUACUCCUGAACGCCUUCACGACUUUGCCCUUGAUGUUUACCGUGAAGACCCACGUUCCCAUGACGACGCCACGCCUCAGCUGUGUUUCAUGUACAACGGAGCUGUUACCGAACCGGGCAAAACGGAAGCUAUAAAUUGUACGUCACCUGUGACUGGUCGCUACUUGAGAAUUAGUGGCAAGAAAACCCAAAACAGUCAAGAUGUUCUGCAGUUCUGUGAAGUCCAGGUCUUUGCCUUCAGUGUGAUAUACUGAUUCAGGACACAUCUACAGUGUUCCAGUCGAAUAAACUACCAUUUCUGGGCAUAAGAAUUACUUCACAUCACCCAAGGACCAAAUCUACAGUUACUUCUCUUCCUGGAUUUACACACUUCGAAAUAUCGUUACCUUUCUUUAUCCGGACUAAGGUUGAAGAUGUUAAAAGAAAGGAUUUCUCAAAAAAUAUUCAAUGGAUUUGCUUUAAUUUGUGUAAUCUCCAAACAGAACCAAGUUUGAUUCUGGUAAAAGAUUAUAUUUUUCAACUUUUUACUCCGUGAUCCCGAAUAACAAAUUUAAGGAAAAACUCCAUUCCUUGAUCCAUGAGGCUUUUGUUUACUAAAUGUGAAGACCAUAGAUAAGUUACAUAUCUAUUUUAAGAGGUUCAGGAAUAUUUGUUAAACAUGAAAGCAAAUGCCACCUGAAGUUUUACUAAGAAAACCAUAUGUGAAAUGCUGGACUUCCUCAUUGAUGACAUCUAUGUAAGUUAAGAGGUAAGACAUUGUGGCAAGAAGCUGGCAUGCUGGGAAUUAUUUUUCUUCUGGAUUUCCCCAUAAUAGCAUAUAUGUGGAAUUCUAGCAUAAAGAGUUUGGCAGAAGUAGACUUAGAGCGUUUCUUGAGUGUUGGUUGUAAACCUUUUUGCUUUCAAUUUAUUUUGAUCUUUGAACUUUGUAUAUAGAUACGAAUAUUAUCUUAAUGACUUAAUGGUUUACAUAGUAGGGCGCG